UUCGAAUCGUCGACGUAAACGAUGACAUUUCAUUUUUGUAAAUCGAUAUUUAUUUUUAACUUGUAUUUUUGUUCAAAAUUAACAGGUUAUGAUUAACUCAGUCUCGAAGAAGGACUAAUUUAUAUGGUGCUUACAUGGCUUGUUUUUGGUUAAAUUCGAAGGAAACAUCGAUAAACAUUUUCAAUACAAAAGAGGAAAACAAUGUAACUUACUAUGUAAUUACAGUUACUGUCGCAGACUAUAACUGGAAAGUAGCUCAUCGUUACAACGAUUUCUACGAUCUGCACAACCAACUCGUCAUAGACCAUGGUGUCUCGAAAGAAAUCUUACCAUCGAAGAAAGUCAUCAGGAACAAAUGCCCGGCAUUUAUCGAGUCGAGAAGGAAAGGUUUAGAAGAGUAUUUGCAAAGGAUCCUCGUCUUUUUGAAACGUACAAUGCCGAAAGUAUUCGUGGAUUUCCUCCAGUUUAACAUAUACGAUAUUUUCUUUUUACUCCAAGAUUUGUCUUCGAAAUUGUUUCUAGAAAGCGACCAGAUUCUUUCUAGCAAGAAAAUGUACAACUUUACUACUUUGCAAUUACAUGCUCUAAGCGAGUUUUUGAAAAAACCUUUAUUGGAUCAAACUGAAACUAGAUUUGAUAUCAGUCCUGUGGUAGAUUUAUGUUCCCAGUUAAUUUCGAUUACUGUUAUCGGAGAAUCUAAACCGUAUUUACAAAGUAAUAUCAUAUUGGAUAAAUUAACAUUCGAUCUUACCUCUUUUAAAAGUUUGAAAGUAUUAUUUAUGAAAAAUAUCACGUUUGAAUGUAUUAAUUCCCUUGGUAACCUGAGAAGUACCAUUCAAAAAUUGCAUGUUAAUAACACAAACGCUACUACAAUAUCGCAAGUUUUACAAUGCGAUGUUAUUCACAAAGAUAACAUCGAAGGAAGCCAGAAGUGGGAUUCUCUCGAACUGUUAGAUCUGAACAACAAUAAUAUCACAGAAAUCGACGGUACAAUUAAAUUAGCUCAGAGAGUAAUGAAAUUAUCAUUGAACGGUAACCACAUCUCCACCUUAAUGAAUCUUUCGCACCUUCCGAAUUUGUCGCACCUUAACUUAGCCAAUAACUUGAUUUCCAUAUGCACGGAUUUGCAUACGAAAGUCGGGAACUUGAAAAUUUUGAAUCUUUCUCAAAACAACAUCAGCUGCUGCAAGGGCUUCAGUAAGCUCUAUUCUCUCGAAACGUUGGACCUGAGUUGUAAUAAAAUCAACAACGUGGAAGAUAUUCAAUAUCUCGGGGAUCUGCCCUGUUUGGAGAAUUUAGUUUUAACUGGCAAUAAUGUUGCGACUGCUAUCGACUACAGAGUAAAAGUAUUGAAGUAUUUCGGGGACAGGGCCAAAAAUCUUUGUUUGGACAAUGAAAAGGCUUCUCAAGCGGAACUCGACAAAGUAUCGGUGUUGAGGGCGCUAAGCAUUGUAAAAGAAGGCAAAACGCCAGAUUUAAAAGCUGGUUUCUCUAUUUAUUAAAUCGUACUAAUUAUUUUCAGUAAGUUACAAAUUAUAAAAGAUGUUAUAAAAUAUAUGUAUAUUUAUGUAAAGUUUUCCCUCUACAAAAAUUGUAAUAUUUUGAUUAUGUAUAUAUUUUUAUUUAUUAAUAAAUAACUAUAUCUAU